UCUAGAAAAAAACGAAAAUAAUUCGGGUCCCGAAGAGUCAUGUUUGUGCAGUGAUGCAAGCUCGUUUCCCAUUUUUUAAAAAGUCUAGUUUCGCCUCCUUUCUUUUUUUUCUCUGUUUUUUUUUCUUCUCUCUCUUCGUUUUUGUCUGGUUGUUGCGAACGCACAUAAGACAAGAGCACGCGUCACUAUGUUUCCAUCACAAAGCACUCUGAAGAGGAACUUCUUUGUUCCCUCCGUUGCCGCCGAUAAGCCCGCUCCUACUGGUGUGGAUUUGUACGCCCGCUUCGCUUUUGCCGGCGCUGUCUGCUGUGCGGUCACUCACGGCGGCAUGACGCCGGUCGACGUCGUUAAGACCAGAAUCCAGUUGGAACCCGAAAAGUACAACAGAGGCAUGAUUGCUGGCUUCCGCCAGGUCAUCCAGACUGAAGGGGCCGGUGCCCUUCUUACUGGCUUUGGCCCCACUGCCGCUGGUUACUUCUUGCAGGGCGCGUUCAAGUUUGGAGGUUAUGAGUUCUGGAAGAAGACCUUUAUUGAUAUGAUUGGCGUCGAAAAGGCCAGUGACAACCGAACAGCCAUUUAUUUGGGUUCCUCUGCCAUUGCUGAAUUUUUUGCUGAUGUUGCUCUCUGUCCCUUGGAGGCUACUCGUAUCCGGUUGGUCUCGCAGCCCGAUUUCGCUUCUGGUCUUGUGAGCGGUUUCACUCGCUUGCUCCGAGAAGAAGGUGUCAUGAGAGGUUUCUACUCUGGCUUCUCGCCCAUCCUCUUCAAGCAAGUUCCUUAUACCAUGGCCAAGUUUGUCGUCUACGAACGUGCCGCUGAGCAAAUCUUGCGUUCGAUCAAAACACCCAAGGAUCAAUUGGCGCCUUCGACUAUGACUGCUGUGAACCUCAGCGCUGGUAUUGUUGCCGGUACUGCCGCUGCCAUCAUCUCUCAGCCCGCCGAUACACUUCUCUCCAAAAUCAACAAACAGAGAGGCGUUGAAGGCCAGUCGGUCACCUCUCGCCUUAUUCAGAUGGCUGGUCAGCUCGGCGCCAAGGGUCUGUUUGUCGGCCUGGGUCCUCGUAUUGUCAUGGUUGCUACUCUUACUGCCGGUCAAUUUGCCAUUUAUGGUGACAUCAAGAGAGCAUUGGGUGCCACGGGAGGAGUGGAGAUUGCAAAAGUAGAGAAAUAGAGAUUAUUAAAGAAGAAUAAGCAAUGUUACUGUCUCUUAAAGUAAAAACGAAAAUAAAAGAGCUGCGAGUAUUAUUGUUAUCUGUGGAUGAACCAGCCUGGUAGUCAUAAUGAUAAUACGCCUG